AUGCGUUUAUGGAGGCACAGCUUUACAGGCAAGACUUUGGUCUUUGCCGUGACGGCUGCUUCGUGUCAGGCAUUCCUGCUGCUGGGCUAUGAUCAAGGUGUUAUGGGCGGAAUCAUCGGUGCGAACAACAAGUUCGGAGUCGACUUCAACCAUCCAGACGCCGACAUGCAAGGAAACAUUACGGCUCUCUAUGACAUUGGCUGCGUGGUAGGCUCUCUGAUCACCUAUUUCAUCGGUGAGCGGUUGGGGCGACGCACCCUCCUGAUCAUGGGGGGUUCUAUCAUGAUUGUCGGUACUGCCGUCCUCGCGUCGUCCACGACCAUCGCACAGCUUAUCGUGGGCCGAAUCGUGACCGGAGUGGGCAACGGCAUGAACAGUUCGACUGCGCCCGUGUUCCUGUCCGAGUGCUCUCCCGCUUCUCACCGCGGCCUGCUCAACACGUUGCAGGGGACCGUCACGAUCCUCGGCGUCGUCAUUGCGUAUUGGCUCGACUAUGGCUUGAGCUUCACCAGCUCGAGCAUCCAGUGGCGCUUCCCCUUGGCUUUCCAGGCGGUGUUUGCCGUCUUCCUCGUCCUCCAGGUCAUCGGACUUCCAGAGACGCCUCGUUGGCUCGUCCAACAUGAUCGCUAUGAGGAAGCACGUUCCACGAUUGCGGCGCUGCUGGGCAAACACGAAGACGACGAGCAGGUCACCCAGAUGGUACUCGACAUCCGCAGCGUCGUCGAAGAAGAGCACAAGGGUGGUCCCUUCAAACUGCGCGAACUAUUCUCCAUCGACAAGAAGCAGAACCUGCGCCGACUCCUUCUCACCAUCUCGAUCCAGGCUGGGCAACAGUGGAGCGGUUCAAACAUGCUGAAUUACUAUGCUCCUGUCAUCUACCAGAACGAGAUGAAACUGACACGGAACCUGUCGCUCAUCCUGGGCGGGUGCACCGAGGUGACGUACCUCGUGGGCUCGGCUUUGCCGCUGGCGGUCAUGGACCGCUUCGGUCGGAGGAUGUUGCUCAUGAUUUCGUCUGCAGGGCUGUGUUUCUGCUUUGUCAUGGUGUCGAUUCUGCUCAGCAUCGGCACCAAGGCGACCGCGUACGGGGCAACAGCUUUUAUCUUCUUGUUCCAGCUCUUCUACGGGAUCGGCUGGCUCCCCGUACCGUGGUUCUACCCGUCCGAGAUCAACACGACGCGGUACCGGGCGCGCGUGCAGGCCAUCUCGAGCGCGUGGAACUGGAUGUUCGUGUUCGCGGUCGUCAAGAUCACGCCGAUCGCGCUGCAGAACAUCGGGUGGCGCACCUUUGUCGUCUUCGCCGUGCUCAACGCCGCCUUCAUCCCCAUGGUCUACUGCUUCUACCCGGAGACCAAGGGCCUCGAGCUCGAGGACAUCCCGCUCCUCUUCGACCGCGGCGGCGUCACCGGCGGCGUCCUCUCGAGUCCCGGCGGCAGGACCGUCGCGCCGCACCAGCACGCCCGGGAGAGCCAUGUCGGCGAAAAGAUGACGGUGGGAGGGGGCGGAGCAGUGGGACAGGGGAGCGCAGAGGAGAUUGAGCAGAAGGAGUGA